AUGAAGAGCUCGCCCGAGGGUGGCUUCACAUCCAAGAAGUGGAUAUAUGGGAGGGGCAGCAUUGUCGGUGUGCUAAAACCUGCGCUGCUAGAGGAGGAGCUUCAGCUUGGACAAGAUACCCUAGUCGUGCUUUCGGAUGAGUUCGGCUUCACAUCGAAGGCUACGUUUGACAGUACUACUGCGAUGAGGAAGGAGCCCUCUCCACAGAAAGCAAAGGCCGAACUGGGAAAAAGGCGAAACCCUUUCAGCAGCAGCCCUGAUGCUUCGCCAUCUAAACGCACCAAGGACUUUUCGUCUGGUAGAGACGAAUAUAUCCCUAUGGACCCGCGGCUUGAACAGGAAUUAGCGGGUCACGAGACGGGAUCAAUGCUUGCAGCAGGUUAG